AAAUGUGCUUCGUGGGGGGGGGUCGAGGAAGGCAAGGAAAGGAGCUGAGCUCUAACUAUAGGCUCCCACGCUUGAGCAGGCCCGACUCGGUGGGGCGGACCACCCUCUCUUCUGGAGGAGGAGGAGGUUCCCAUCCACGGCGUGGCCUCCCGCGCUCCUGAACGGGAAAUCUCUGCAGCCCAAGACUCUCCGCGAGGCAGCUCCUCCCUUCCUGCCUUGAGCCGCCGCCAGCCGCGCCCCCCUCCCCAGUUAUCUGCUGCCUGCCAAGCCCCGCCCCUCUUCAUUGUCCUCCCCUUUCUGUUUAUACACAAAGACCCCCAUCUUCUUCCCCCUUCCCCUUCCUCCAUCCCUAGCUUUUUUCCUCUCUUUCCUUUUUUUUUUUAAAAAAAAUCUUUUCUCUUCCCCUUCUUUUUUUCCACCCUUUCUUUUUUCUCUUUCUCUCCCCCCCCCCCAUCCCCGCCCUCCUGCCUUCCUGGGUUAAAGGAUUUGAGCAAUGGGUCUGGAGGUGGAGCUCGUCGGAGGAUUAGAAGAAGCGGAUGUGAGAAGAGAUUGAGAGGGAUCUCUCUCUCUUCUCUGCCUCGCUCUGUCGCUCCGAUCCCGAAAACUUCUCGGAAAGAAGCAGAGGGAGGAGGAAAGAGGAGGGUUUGUUUUUUUCAAAAAAAGGGAACUAACCAAACCCCCUUCCUCCUCCCCUCCCAGCAACAAUCCUGACUCAGACCCGCUUGGAUCUGCCCUCCCUUCCCCUCGGCUUGGGGAAAGGAGGAAAAAGAGAUCUGCUGCUGAAAUCUACCGCCAAGCAGAGGACCAGCUCCGCCCGCGCCCAGCCACGCUCCCGGGGAUCAUGGGCCAAGCGAGGGAUCCAGCCUGCCGCCUGCCCCACGCCUCCAGGACCUAGCUGGAUUAAGACUCUCCUCGCGUGUUUUUGCGUAUCGUCGGAAUACGCUUUCCCCUCCGGCUCCUCUGAGCACUGGAGGUGGCUUUUCCCCCCCUCUUGGCGUCUUGAGGACAAGCCGCCGCUCCGGAUCUGGGUUCUGAUUUCGGAGCGGACGACCCUCCUGCCUUCUCGGACGCCUGGGUUCUAACGGAGCCGUGAAGAAAUUCCACAGAAGGUGGAGCGGGGGAGAAGAAGAAGAAAGGAUUCUUUUGAUCUCGAAACUCACUGCUUUUCCCCUUCCAAUUCUCGGGCACUUUGAUUCUCUCCAGAUACUGAAAUAGAUUAUCUCUACAGUUGGCUAAAAAAAGGGGGGGGCUCCUUUGAUCUCUUGGUUCCUCUCCGGACUCCUGGGUUCUGUCGACUUAUUGGAACGCUCCACCAUUUUAAUUAUUUAUUUUUUAUGUCUAUAAUCCUCUUUCCUCCCGAGCUCCCGGACUGCUGAAUUCUCGGGAUUUUCUGAAUAUUAACAAAUUCUUGUUCUACAGACAUCCAGCCACCUCUCUCCAUCCUUUUGGGUUUCCAGCUUGAGAUUUGAGCCCAUCUCCCCCCCCCCCCGCCGCCGCCUUGGGCUUUGUGCUGAUUUCCUCAUCAGGGAUCCUGGCUUCCUGACCCAGUUAAGAACUUUUAAGAGGAGGAGUUAGGUACCAAAGUCAACUCGGCACCUCCAUCGUUGCUGGAUUUAAACUCCUGGAAUCGCUUGAAAUUCUCGCAUUCGGACUCUGGUUUCCCUCCCUGAGCUCCUCAGGCGAAGAUGUCUUCUUCGGCUUCGGCUCUGCCAGAGUGGAAGCUCCAGCUCCUGGAGCGCCGGCGCAAGGAGGAGGAGGAGGCCCGCCGGCGGGAACGAGAGCAGCAAGACCGCAUGGCCAAAAUGCCCGCCUGGAAGCGGGAGAUCAUCGAAAGGCGCCGGGCCAAGCAGGGCUCCGGCACCUCUUUCUCCGAGUCUGGGGGGCCAGGAGGGACCGAGAGCGGCGCAGCUUCGGCUUCCAGCGCUCCGCAGCCCUGCCAGGAGGGGGAGCCGGAGAGUUCGGUGCUGCAGGAGAAGAUCGGCCCCAUCCACCAAAACCCAUUCAUCCAGCUGGAGAAGCGGCGCUACAAGGAGUCCGAGAGCGACCUCGCCAACGCCAAAGCCAAGCAGAUCGUCGACCUCUAUGGGCAGAUCCCAGGCGUCCGCACCUUGCGUGCGGACAACGUCAUCAUCAUCGAGACGGUCCCGGGGGCACCGCCGGCGCAGCUGGCCAGCAGCCGGCAAACUGGCGAAGCCAAAUCGGGGAGCGUGGAAUCCCUCAACGAGCUGCUGGCUCGGCGCGGGGGUAGCGUGACCGAGAUUCGCGCCGGGGAGGUCUUCAUCGUCAAGUCGGCCUUGAGCCGCAGCGUGGAAGAUCUCAAUUCGGUCGGCCGGGCCGAGAGCCGGGGGUCGCUGCCCGAGCAGCACCGAGGGAGGGUCAGCAAACUGCUGAGCCACUUCAGCCAGGAGGGCGGCAACAUCGGGUCGGUGUCUCCGCGCCCGGUGAGGUCGCUGAGUACCGAGAACCUAACGGAAAGCAGCUACGUGGCAAGGAGGCCGGCCCGGGUGGCAGCGGACCCCAGCCCGACCCGGAAGCACUUCGACAGCAGCCCUCCGCGCGACCUUCCCGGAUUGAGCCCGCCUGUUCCCUACACUGUGGCAUCCUAUCGCAGCCAGUUUGAAUCCAAAUCGAGCAGCGGCGAAGGCUGGCCAGACAGCCCUCCCAGGCGCUCCCCGACCGGGAGGAGCUGGGGGCGGGAGGCUGCGUCGCCAGAGAGAAGCCCCAGGAAGGACAGUGUAGAUUCGGAGGCCGCUUUUGAGAUCCAGCCGGCCCCUCCACCAGCUCCGGUGGCUGAGGACGAUGUCCAGGGCAAAGCCUUGGCCAACCUGCGCCUGCACUCUCGGAACUCCUUUGUGGUUGUUCCGCGCCGGGCCCCGUCCUCCCCACCCCCAGAACUCAAGCAGGAAGCCAGCCCUUCUCUGCCUGCUGUCAAGCCCCCAGCCCCCACUUCCUGCUCCUCGCUUCUCCCAGACACGGAGGAAGAGCCGCCCGAGGCUGCAGAGGCCAUGAGGCGUGGUGUGGGGAGCGGUCUCGCCAAGGAGGACGUCCGGGUGGGGGGCUUGGCCCGCGCCUCGUCCCCCCACCCGGCCGUGCAGCGCCGCAGCGGCAACACCAUCACCAUCAACCCUCGCAAGGCCCCGGCUGCACCUGUGUCUGUGGUGGAGAACGGCAUCGAGAGCGACACUUCCCCGGCUGCGGCGCCCAUGAAGAAACGCUACCCUACGGCCGAGGAGAUCCAGGUGAUCGGAGGCUACCUGUCCCUGCAGAGGUCCUGCCUUGCCAAGAAUGACCCACACCGGAAAAAGCUUAAGAUUUCGUUCAGCGAGAACCAGCUGGAGAGGACCUUCCAGUAUCCGUCAGAGGGCUCCUUGCUGGAGGAAUAUGGGCCUCCUGAUGAGUCAGAGCCUCUGACCUGCACCAACCCCCAUGGGGAUGAUGAAGAUGAAGAGGAGGAGAUGCUGCUGCUUCAUCGGGGCCUCCCGGGCCUGCUGAGGACCAAACCCCUCAUUGUAGACGAGUCUUGUCGGCGGUAACCCCGUUCAGCCUCUGUUGCAGAGAACAGCAGAAUAUGCACAAGGAUUCCAUGCCACAUUCUGAAUCCUCCAACUGGACCUUUUAUCUCUUUCCGUCUUCCAGUGACUAUCGCACCCAGGAAAGAAGCUGGGGCCACGAAAGACUGGGGGGGGGGAGGGAGGGAACCACUUUUAUCCUGGGGCUACAGGUGCAUUUUUUCCUUCGGAUGGAGACCACUCCGAAAAUACUCUCCCAUUUUUGAUACAUAUAUUUUUCCCUAUCUGACUGGCACUGAAAUCAUGUGAGAGACGCUGCCCAACCUAGCUGGGAGAGGGCGCUCUCAACUUUCUCUUAUCCUUGCACUGCCAGCCAACAAGGAAUCUGACGCAGCAGCGCCUUAGAUACUUCAUUUAAAAACUGCCAGCAGGGGGAAGCACUGAACCUUGUAUGCACACUUCUCUGGGGUUGCAGAGUUUCAAACAAGGGCUAAUGAUAAUGGUCAUAUCUUUCUUCCUGCUGUCACUCAAAAUACCGCUGAAAGCCUCACUGGCCAAGGGACUUUUAUGUAAUUGGGUUUGUUUGUUUGUUUGUUUGUUUUGUAAAAUAUUGUCCAGUAGGACUUAAUUGCUGCCAUGUGAGUGAGAUGAGAUUGGGGGGGGGGAGUAGGGUGGGGAGGGAAUAAUUAGCUUUGAGAAGGGACCAUUACGUUGGCGCACAGCCUAUCAGUAUUUCGGGGGGGGGGGCUUUCUACUUGCUUUUUUCCCAAAGCCAUUCUGGAGGAAGGCAAUUCAAAAUACCACGGCUCUAGUUAUUCCACCAAGAGCCAUGAGUAAUAACGCAUGUUACUGGGCAAAUGGGGAGGGGUCCUGGUUGUUUAUUGAAGCAGGAGCACUCAGUAUUCAGGCAUGGAAGUGGGUCAAUGGGGAAGGGCAUUCUGCAUGUGGGCAGCGCUUGUUGCUCUUUGGGGCCGUUUGGAGGGUUCCUCCCCUCUUUUUGUUUCAGACAGGGGCAGUUCAUGUUUGGAAGCAAAGCAAAAUAUGCAGGGGAUGCAGUGGGGACAGCCAGGCGAAAAAUGCAGCUUCCUGUCGUGGUCAUGACCAUUUCCUGUUUGGGAUUCAGCACUCACGUGGGAUUGAAUGACGGGCGAUGAAGAGGCAGAUUGAAUGUUAGAAAAUGAAGUAAUAUUUUGAUAAACAGGGGUUUGGGUUCGUUUGUUUCUCCCCCCCUCAAAAAAAAAUAUUAUAUUACAAACUGUCUUCUUAAUUAGUAUUUGCCAUUUUUUGCCAUGUGGCAUUUUGAAGUGGAAAGAAGUGGACCCAGAGAUUAAAAACUGAGAACAGCUUUCAGAAAUGAUUGAAUGCAUAGCAGUUGCAGCUCAGAGUAUAGACAGCUCUCCAGAGCUGGCUUCAGGCUUUGGGGAAAGCCUCAGAUGAGAGAUUACCAGGAGUCCCCUUCAUCAGCAAGGGGCCGCACAAACUGAAGGAGCACUCCACAAUCCUUUCCCCAGAUGACUGAUGCAAGCAAACCCAGGCAUUACUGUUCUGGAUCUUUCUUUGCCAAUUCAGCAGUCAUUUAAGUCAGCCGAUGACAGUAAGAACCUCAAUAAUGGUGAAGAGGAAGUCAAAGAGCAUGUUGUGCAUUUGUUCAAAGGUGUCUUAUCCAGUUUCUUGAGUGGGCCUUGCUGUUGGUCUCAGGUGAGAGCUGGCAUCAGGGAUCAGCACCACUGCUGAGACCCAUUUCUCAGUAGCAGAGCCAUCGCCAACUGCUCGAGCCACAAAGCCAGGUGCUUGUCCUCUUUGGUACCACUGCUUGUUUACCUGCCCUCUCUGGAUGAGUAAUUAUGGAGAAGGUGCAGUAUCCCUCUGUAUCCCUUUGGGUGGGAAUGCACCUGGGGCUAGAGUGGGGAUGGGGGAACCUGUUGUUCUGCCAGAAGUUAGCAAACUCCAUCUCCCAUCAGCCUCAGCCAGCAGUGAUGAUGUGAGUUGUUGUCCACUAGAAUCUGGAAGGCCACAAGUUCACCAUAUCUGUGCUAGAGACAGAGAGCAAGCUGCUAAAUGUGGCAGUGACAAGAAUACUGGCCCGCUCAGGGAAGCAGCAGCCUACCAAGGGCAUAUUGCCCAAUGCCCACAGCCAAAAAAUAAUAUACAAGUGGAGCAGCCUCAGGGCCUUGGCAGAUGCCCCACCGUGACACCACAAUGCAUAUAUUUUUUAAUCCUCUUAGAUGAAAAUGUGUAACUAAACUAAGCAUCCAGCUUAAAUUGGGGGAGUUUUUUAAAAUUUGUGAACAGGAGUUCACAAUUGGAGCAAAUAAAACCUGGGAAAACUGGUCGGUUAAAUGCCUUGAGGAACAACACAACUCAUCUGCAGGAGAAGAUGCAUACACAGAGCGGAAGAUUGGCCAAUGUAUGAAAGCAGAAAGUUGUUUCUUUAGAGUGCAGGUUGUAGACUGAGCAAACAGUAUGAAUGAGUGGAAGGAGGCAUUGAUGAGAGGGAAUGAGGAACUUUACACUUGUGGUUUAUUUCUCUCUCUCUCUUUUUCUUCCUUCCUUCCUUGCUAAUUUAUCUUGUUAUCUGUGCACAGUUGUUAUUAUCAUUUCACCCUCCCCCCCUUAUUUUGCACUGCGGGAACAGCCAUGUCUGGAGCCCAUUAACAGGUGAAUGAGUGAAUGAUUGAACACAGCAGACGUUUCUUUCUUUGAUGGGGGGAAUGAGGUCUGUGCAGAUCAAUGUGUGUGGGGCAAGGGCCGAAGCAGCUGUGUCCAGCCAUUUCCAUCAGUGUUGUUGUUGAAAAAAUGGUAUUGUUAUUAUUAUUAUUAACAAUAAACCAGAAUGAUGUUGCACGUUGA